ACUUGAGUCCAUGGAGAGGACCGUCUUUCCCGGGUCACGUGUAGCCAUCAGCUGCAGCAGCGUUCUCUAACCUUGGGCCGGCACUGCUCCUGCUCUGGUCGCUGCGCGGCUGAGGGGGCGUUGUGUCCCUGCGUGUGUGUGUGAGUGUGUGGAGAAGGAGCGGCGGGGAUCGCGAGUGACAGCACAAGCAGCCGAGAGAGGGAGGAGGAGACGCCGCCUCUAUGAUGAAGUUCAAGCCGAACCAGACUCGGACGUACGACCGGGAGGGCUUUAAGAAACGGGCGGCCUGCCUUUGCUUCAGGAGCGAGCGGGAGGAUGAGGUGCUAUUGGUGAGCAGUAGUCGGUAUCCAGAUCAGUGGAUUGUUCCUGGAGGAGGGAUGGAGCCAGAAGAGGAGCCUGGUGGUGCUGCUGUGAGAGAAGUCUAUGAGGAGGCUGGAGUAAAGGGUAAAUUAGGAAGACUUCUUGGAAUUUUUGAGAACCAAGAUCGAAAGCAUAGGACGUAUGUUUAUGUGCUCACUGUGACUGAAGUACUGGAAGACUGGGAAGAUUCUGUAAAUAUUGGGAGAAAGAGGGAGUGGUUCAAAGUGGAAGAUGCCCUGAAGGUCCUGCAGUGCCACAAGCCUGUACAUGCAGAAUAUUUGGAAAAACUGAAAUUGGGAUGCUCACCGACGAAUGGAAAUUCAGUGGUGCCUCCAAUCCCAGACAACAAUUCUCUCUAUGUUACGUCUGCACAGACUUCUAGCCUGCCAUCGACUGUGAGAUAAGCUAUGUGCAUUGUGGGAUGGUGCAUCAUACGAGAAAAUGGUCCUAGAUGUUGUUAUGCCGACAUCCUUACAAUAAGGCCUGGAUUCUCCGUGUUUUGUUUUUCCUUCUUUCUCAACAAUUUUGCCAUCCUUUCUUUGUUUUUAACAAUGUAAAUUAGUAUUUCAUCAAACCAAAGCCCUCUGGAUUUUUAAGAUGCCCCAAUGGACAUUUUUUCCACUCCUGUCUUAUGUAUAUACAACUGCUGUGGUUAACAUAACUUUUUUUUUUUUUUUUUUUUGGGUGGCCAUUUUUUCCUUACCUGCUUUGUUGCUGGAAGGGCUCCGUUUUAUUUUUAGAUGCAUGGUGGACUCUUGGUGCUAUGCAUUAAAUUUCCUCCUGUGUCGUACAAGGGCGAUCUUGAAAACAAAACCUUGUUCUCUUCUAGAAGUGUGGCCUUUACCAAAUUUAGCUCUGGGGAGGGUCUUUUUGCCUUGCUAACUGCACCAGAAGAAUUAACUGGCUUUCAAAUAUGUUCUACUCUAGUAUGAUAAAGUAAAACAACUGUGGCAUGUUAGCAGCAAUAGGAGAAUUAGUAUAAUCUAUGGUUUGAUUGUAUAGAUAGCACCACAAGUAUAUUGUAGCAUGAUUCAUAUGGCUUUUCCCUGAAAAUUUUCUUCAAAAUGUGUGCCAUUUUUACAUUUUAAUAUUUACUAUAAGAAAUUCAGAUUGCCUAACUGCUACUAAUCUGUCAGAAUGUCGGUGAGUUAUUUUUUUUUCUAGUGGGACAUAUCCGUUAUCCAUUAGUAUCAUCACUUUCAUUUUGUGGUUUUUUUUUUUUUUUUUCCCCCCUCUUUGAGAUUGAUCUGCUUUUUGGAGUAGAAAGGAAGUUUCUGUAACUAGAUAUGCAUUCUAAUAUGACUUGGAGUGUUGAGAUAGUUGGACUUGUUUAAUGCAGAAGUGAUCGGCUUUGGGGCGAAAGCGCUUCGCAAAGCAUUUGUCAGUGUCACAUUGGAAAACCAUAUUGUAGCAUCCAGCAAUGUUGCUGCAUUAUUUUAAGCACUCUGUAAGGAUACAAUCCUGAACAAAUAUGAAGUGUAAGAGUUUCCAUAGGUUCCAAUGUAAGAGGCAUAUACUUGCACCUUCUGUGAGCUCAUAAAUAGCCGGCCCUUGUUUCAUGGGAGCUUGAAGCCUCUGCUUCCACUUAAAGGAAAGAAAAAGUUGUCCAUUUACUGUUUUUGUUUUUAAGAUUGCUGAAGAGCAGCAUGUGUCCUAAAUUAAACUCCAGUUCAGGGUCUCUGAUUCA